GAAAAUAUGUAAAUUUCACGCCGUGGCGGUGGUGGAAGAGCUAGCGAGCCAGCGAGCUGUUGUUUUGUUUUGUUUUGUUUGGUUCGGUUCCAGUCUCAACAAUUCGAGCAGGUUUCACUUAAUGUAAUUUAAGACACCGCCUUUUGUCAUCGUCGUCUUAAUUGUUGUUGUUUUUCGUUAUUAUUUUCCUGACAGUAUCGCCUGCAGUGUUGAAUUAUGCCCGGACACACGACGGUUACUCUCUCCGUUGCUCCUAGCAACAGCAGUCUGCAAAAGCCUUUGCCUUUAGUUUUGAAGAAAAUAAUGGACAUCCUACCGCCUAAUAUACUCGACGACGGAGAUGAUGAGAUAGAGAAGGAGAAGCUGAGCUCCAUCGGAGACGGGGAGUCUUGCGGAGAUGGAGGCGGCGGUGGAGGAUCUGGGGGCGCCGGCGGCGUUUCGGCCUCCCUCACUCCCACAAUUUGGGACAAGACCAUCCCGUACGACGGCGAGAACUUCCACCUGGAGUACAUGGACCUGGACGAGUUCCUGCUGGAGAACCAAAUUCCUGCCGCUCUGGAGGAGGAGCUGCACAAGAGCCUGGAGCAGGAGGCUCAGGGAUCCCCCGCAGCCCCAGAAGUCUCCGCCGCCGUCCCACAGGCGCCCAGGGAAACGGAAAAAGCUGCAGAAGUGCCGAAGAUAAAAGGGGAGGACGAGGGGGGUGAGAGUGAAAUAGCUGAGCAGCAGGUGAUGGAGAAUGCCACAGAGCCCAAAGAUAAGCCCGAGCGCGCCACUCCGUCUCCGGUCAACCCGGAGGAGAUCGAGGUGAGCAUAAAUUUCCAGCCGGACCCGGCGGACCUGGUGCUGUCCAGCAUUCCGGGAGGAGAGCUGUUCAACCCGCGCAAACACCGCUUCACCGAGGACGAGCUCAAACCGCAGCCUAUGAUCAAGAAGGCCAGGAAGGUGUUCGUUCCCGAGGACGCCAAGGAUGAGAAGUACUGGUCAAGGAGGAAGAAGAACAAUCUGGCGGCGAAGCGUUCACGGGACGCGCGGUGCCUGAAGGAGAACCAGAUCGCCGUGCGCGCCAGUUUCCUGGAGCGGGAAAACGCAGCACUGCGGCAGGAAGUGGCCGAGCUCAGGAAGAACUGCAGCCGCUGCAAGAAGAUCGUGGCUCUCUAUGAGGCCAAGUACGGCCCUCUGUAAGGACAGAACUCACCAAGACACACGGCAGGUUAUCAGCAAACAACACAACUACGCAGCUAUCUGUUCAAUAUUCACACAGGGAUCGUGGGUAAAUUCAGGAGAAGUGGCAGGGACGGGGAUGGGGAUUUGAAGAGCAGCUUGCUCACACACACUCACACAGAUGUUUUUUUUUUUUUUUUUUUUUUAAGUAGCUAGAUUUUACAUUUGUUUGUUGUUAAAAAAGAAAGAAAGAAAAAAAAAAAAAAACGGUCGUCCGCUAGUCACUAGUGGAGCUGCAGAAACUGCUGUGGAGUUUCAUCUGGAAACUCCACAAAAAAGAAAAGGUAUCUUGCACUGGACCAAAGCAUGACACCCUCCUUCAUCCAAAAAAGAUCUUUCUCAUUUCAUCUUUCACCUUUGGCUCACUGUGACGGAUGAGCUGUUUCUCAGUAUAAAGGAACGCAAAGAGCAGACGCUGUUAAGUCACCUCGCAAGAACGUGAGAUCUUAGGGCAUUCCUAAUAACGAGCGAGCAAAAAAAUUUAAAUUAGCUUUAUCUGAUUAAACGUCAAGUAAGAUAGUAAGUAGAAGAAAGGUGUGCCGUGCUAAAAUGGAGGAGUUAUUCAAUAGAAUCGAGCUUACACUGGAAUUUUUCCUCACAUUUAGAUUAACAAUUAGAUUGUUAGCUAACGUUAGUUUACAAAAUCACCCCAGAGAACUUCUCAUUUCUCUUCCUCGCAUUUGAGCUCCUUCCCCUGAGGAUGAGGAUGUCACACUGUUAGAGUUUGUUGCUCAGCUGCUAGAGUAUUACAGCUCACUGGUGUAACGGAUCCACACACACAC